AUGGUCUCCGACGGCAAACGAAUGCGAAUCCUUUGGCACCAUGGCGAUGGCAAUGGCGACUCCAACAAGGCCUUCGUUAUGCGGUCGAAGACUACAGUCCGCGGUCAUCCAACCUGGAAGAUGUACAUGGGGAAGGUACCACGUCCCAUUAUCUAUGGCAGAAGGGAGCCCCUAAGGUAUGUAUACCUCGACGACAAAGCCUGCUACGCCGUCUACAACUCCCAAACGUAUACUGCGAAGGAGCUCAGCACAUUCUGGCCCUACGAUUUUGAUAAUCUGGGCAACAUCAAAGCCAGCAGGCCGAAUCGUGGCCGGCCAGCAUAUCUCGAAAACUCUACCACGGUAUUCGCCAGGGGUCCACUUCUUCGCAACAAGACAGCCGAAUAUGAGUUCUGUGGUCGCCCCGCCUCGCCAGAAUAUACCCCUAACUGGCGCGUGAAGAGAGCAGCAGAGGAUGCGCAAGCAAAGAGAAUCGAGGCUAGCACCCAAAUUUCGCUCAGCGGUACCAUGCCGGCUAUGCUCAAGCCUAGUCCCUACGUCCCUGGUCCUAUAGACGGUAACAUCAAGCCACUGAGCAUCACCGACAGGGCUGUCCAGGGCUCACCGUACUUCGACAUCCCAGCAGCAGCCAUGCGGAAGCGACCUAGACCUAUUCCCGGUGACAUGGCUGCAGUAUAUGCAGGUUUCACUACUAAUCGGAACGCUGAGGCCGCUGGGAUUAGCGCUGGACCAGAGGCGAAGAAGGUCAAAGUCAAGCAAGGGGCGGACAUUCAGAAUGAGCUGCUGGCGAUCACAGACAAGCUAGACAGCUCUGAAUAA